CGGAAAAAAUCAGAAAAAAUUAUGAAAAAAAUUGAGAAUAAAUCUAGGAUGAUGAAGCUAUGUUGCAUUAACUAAAUACGCUGUCACUCCAAUGUUACUACUAUUAUGUAUUACGCGUGGCAUCAAAAUUAACCUAAAAUUCAUAAUUCCAAUAGCCGCGAACACGUGAGCUGGGUGCAUCGCAACAUCGUUAUUAAUAAAGAAAAAGCCUUGGUGACAAUGACCGACGAAGCUACCCUCCCAACUGAUAAUCCUGUGUUCGAUCCCGACAGAAUAAGUGACAAUGACAGCGGAGAUGAUUGGGAAGAAGUACACGACGAUGUUCAGGACAUAAUUUGUCUUUUCUGUGACAAGAAUCAUGCCAAUUUUCCUGCUGCUCUGAAACACCUCGAAACCGUUCACAAAUUCAUUCUAACACUCUUCAAAAAAAAACAUUCGCUCGAUACAUACCUGUACAUUAAACUGGUAAAUUUUAUUCGAGCCAAUAAAACAACUCCUGAGGAACUAGAUUCACUUCACCCACAAGUCUGGGACAGUGAUGAAUACUUGAUGCCAGUUCUCCAAGAUGAUAGCUGGUUAAUGUUGGAUAUCGAAGACUUCAAUGAAGACAGAGAUGUACAGAACCAAACCGCAUACCCUGUGAAUUCGGAAAAUGGUUGCGUUACACUAUCAGAAGUUCAUUUUGUUGAAUUGCAAAGAACUAUACAAUCCCUUAAAGCGCAACUUGAACAGCGAGAUGCCGCUUGUCAACUUGCUAAAGAACAAAUAGAUGAUAUGAAAGAAAAGGUACAGAGACUCGUAUUAGAUGACGAGUCUCUCAAAAAUACUCCGAGUGACUGGUGCGAUGAAAAUAAGAGCUUGGACUGUGACGAAGGAUAUUUCAACACUUACAGUCAUUUUGCCAUUCAUCAUGAAAUGCUUACGGACAAAGUUCGAACAGAAAGUUACCGUGAUGCCUUGCUAACCAAUUCAAAUAUGUUCAAUAAUUGUGUGAUGCUGGAUGUUGGUUGUGGAACUGGCAUUCUCUCCAUGUUUGCAGCAAAAUCGGGUUGCCGGCAAGUUAUCAGCGUCGAUCAGUCAGACAUUAUAUAUCAUGCGAUGGAUAUCGUGAGAGAAAACAAUCUCGCUGAUGUGAUCACAUUGAAAAAGGGUCGAUUAGAAGACAUCGAUCUACCCGUUGAUAAAGUUGACGCUAUAGUAUCAGAAUGGAUGGGAUAUUUUUUAUUAUUCGAAGGAAUGCUGGAUACUAUUAUCUUUGCCAGGGAUAAUUAUCUGGUACCCGGUGGUAAACUCUUACCAAAUCUAUGUAACAUCAGCAUCGUUGGCAGCGGAGAUACCAACCGAUACAUCGAUCUGGUGGAUUAUUGGUCAAACGUUUACGGCUUCAAAAUGAGUUGCAUGAAGCCGGAAGUAGUGAGAGAACCAAGCAUAGAGGUGUCCCAUGUACAGGACCUCAUAACAAAUGCUUGCGAACUACAAUCCUUUGACCUCUAUAAAGUAACUACAGAAUGUGUGAAUUUUACAUCGCCAUUCGAUCUCAAGGUAAAGAAAACUGGCUCAUUGACCGCCAUAGUUGGAUACUUUGACGUCUUUUUUGACUUGGAUAAUCCGAUCCAGUUUAGUACCAGCCCUCAUGCACCUCCCACACAUUGGAAACAAACCGUCUUUUCCCUCAGUGAGCCCAUCGGUGUUACAGAAGGAGAAACUAUCACUGGAAGGCUGACAUGUCGAAGGCAUGUAAAAGAUGUCAGAGGUCUAGCUGUGACCAUCCAGAUAAAAAAUUUCAGUCAAGUUUAUUUCUUGAACUAAUAAUCUCAAUCCAUCAGCGUACAGAACUUUUGUGAGCCUUAUUCGAGCUGCAUCGUUUUUUUUUUCUUGUAGAAGAAUGUAUACUACUCGACUAAGUUAAAGGGUCACUUUGAGAAAGUCCAGCCUUAGCCUUUAGGGUGAAUACGAGUACUCGGUACCGAGUACGGGAUCUCGGAUAUUUCACAUACAUACUCGUAAUCAGAUCACACGAAUAUUACUUCCAUGCAAAAGUAUCGGUCUUUCUUCACCUACCUCUGUUGAAAUGCUCUUCGGUGAUAUCAAUAUCUAAUGAUACGAUGACCGUACAUCGAACAGUGGGAUUUGCAACAAAUUGGCAUUUUCCAUCUACAUGUAUUAAGCUUUUCGACAGUGGUUGACGCACUCGGUUCGCUGAUGAGUAAUUUUGGGUAGAAAUUAAGUUCGUCUAUCCCAGAAAGAACAAGUGUAACAAUGGUGUACAUAUAAGAACUUAGUCUAUUAUUAUGUACAAUAUACAUACAUAUGCAUACAUGUGAUGGGAACUCUUAUUUUAUACUCAUAGAAAUUGAUAAUUUACAAUCUGAUAAAAAUUAUAAAACUGUGAUCCUA